AUGUGUGCUUCUUCCAAUAGUGUAUAUUCUCCAGCAACGGAUCAACAGAGAGCUAAAGCUCUUGGUGACACUUACCAACUGACUGAUGAUAUUCGCCGAGCAGUCACUAUUGGCAUUGAUGAAUGUUUUUUACCAUUUCCAAUACCGAACGAAGGGGAUUGGGUUACUAUACAUGCAGAGCAAGGUCAAACUGUGCAACAAUUUGAGCGAACAAAACGAACAGUGCCACAUUCAAGUUUUAGAACAAUCUAUAUACAACCAAUUGGGUCGUUCGAUCAUCCAAGGGCACCUUCAUUGGAAAUCAUAUGUGACUUUUCACGUCCUUUCUUUCCUGGAUGUGAAUUGGAAAUUUUACCUCAAAUAGAUUUUACUGAUUUCUCAAAACAUCUUCAAAAUGGAAAGCGUAUCAAUCAAUAUACAAAACAACCACAAUAUUUAACGAGUUUUAUAAUUGGUCAUUUAAAAAAAAUGAAACGACGAGAAAGAAAACAUGAUCGUCGAGAAUUAUUUUGUAUUGGUGUUACUAUGGCUGAUAUUUAUCCAGGAUCUGGCUGGAAUUUUGUCUAUGGUUUAGCAUCAAUCGACGAUGGUAUUGGCAUUUAUUCAUUUUCUCGAUUAGAUCCUUCGUUUCCAGAUACUGCAACAGCUGGACCUUGCACGGAUCAAGAACGAAUAUUGAUACUCAAACGAGCUAUAAGUGUGUUUGUCCAUGAAGUCAUACAUUUAUUUGGCGUCGAACAUUGUAUCUAUUAUUUAUGUUUGAUGAACGGAGCAAACAGUGAAGAAGAAAUGGAUGGACAACCGUUGUAUUUAUGUCCAGUGUGUUUAAGAAAAAUGUAUUCAGCAAUGGGAAAAGAGAAGAAACAUUUCAAUGUCAUACAAAUGUAUACAAAAAUUUCAGAUCUUUGUGAAAGACUUCAUUUUAAAGAUGAACUGGCAUGGUAUGAAAAUAGAUUGAAGUUAUUGAAUAAAGUAGCGGACGAUUAA